AUGCGCCUCCCUCCUCGCCUCUCCCCAGGGUCCAAAGUGGCCGUAACGGCACCAUCUGCUGGCACCGCCGCUGUAUUCCCUCAUGUCCGAGACCGUGCGAUCGAUGUCUUGCGCACGAGCUUCGAGUUUACAGUCGUGCUCGCAGAGUCCAUGUACCGCGUCGAGACUCCCCCGCGACAGCGCGCGGCUGAGCUUAACAGGCUCUUCGCCGACUCCGAGGUAGAAGGCAUCGUUUGUGCCAUCGGAGGAGAUGACCUUGUGCGUGUGGUGCCGUUUCUGGAUAGGAAGGUCAUAAGCGAGAACCCAAAGGUCGUUCUCGGCUACAGUGACAUCACGAGCCUGCACCUUUUGCUUUUCUCCUUGGGCAUCAUGUCCUACUACGGAGGAAACCUUCUCUGCCAGUUUGGCCUGCUGGGUGGUAUGCACUCCUUGACUCGAACGUCUUUCAUCGCGGCCACCCAUGGGAAGGAUCCCUUCCAGUUGCUUGAGUCACCAACCUACGUUGUCGACUAUCCAGACUGGAGCACGGAUGCUGACAAAUCCUUGGUCUCGCUUCCUGCUCCUCUCUGGGAUUGGCAAGGCAAACUGGAUCAACCAGCCCGGGGCAUUCUGUGGGGUGGCUGCUUGGAAUCUUUAUUCGUGCUCCUGGCAUCGGGAUUAGAGUUCAUCUUGCCCGACGAGUCUCAUGGCAGGCUAGUUCUGUUCUUUGAGACCUCGGAAGUCAUGCCACCGGAUGAAGUGGUCCACGGAUUCGUGCUGGCCCUGGGGCAGAGGGGCCUCCUCUCUCGAAGGGUGGCUGCCUUGCUCGUUGGAAGGCCGAAGACUGAGUUCUUGGGCAAUGAGCCUACCGGAGGGAAGGCUACCUAUGCCCAAACCCAGAAAGCCACAAUUCUACGCGCUUUGAAGGAGCAUGUCAUGGAUGAGGAGUCACAGGAGCAGGCAGAGAUUCCUUUUCCGGUGGUCUUCGAUAUGGAUUUCGGGCACACCGACCCUCAGAAUUUCCUUCCGCUGGGAUCCAUGGCUGAGGUAGACCCGAUCCGCAGGCAAAUAAACAUUUGGCAAGACUACUAG